UAGAAAAAAGGCGGGAAAAGCCGUUGGCGGGUAAGAGCGCAAUGGAUGGGGAUGGUAGGCUGAGGUGACGAGACAGGUAGACUUAGAGCCUUUGCGUUUACGUAUGUAUAGGCCGAGGCCCUGUCUACCCAGAGCUCUCCAUUCCUGCCUUUAGGUUUUUAAGAGCCUGGGGACAUGAGUAAAAGGAAGAAAGUGCUCUUAUCAGGAAAUGAUGACCUCCAGAUUUCUGAGGCAAAAAGAAGUCUGAGGAGAAACUCCCAGCUGACUGGAGAGAAUGGUUUAGAAAUACCUGACAGUCCUCAGUCUAAUAAAUUCAAAAGAAAAUCAAAAUCAAUCACAGCUGAAGCAAAGGACUGGGAAGACACGAACCAAGGAAACAUUGAAGUUUUUGCAGAAAAGGUGCAAACAAGCAGUUCAAAUGGUGAAGGAAGGAAGAUUACCUCUGAGCUGAAACACCUAAACCAGACAAAAGACUCAAUUUCUCUUUCUUUAUCUCAGAACACAGUGGGAAAGUUUGUGCCAGUCUUUGCAAAACCAAAGAAAGCUUUGCCUGAAAGAACAGAGAAAGAUGAUGGAGAAGCUUCAGAAAUUCAAACAGAACAGGAAAUACUGGAGUCUAAUCCCUCAUGCAUGGACAGCAGUCUAGCCUGUGAGUCCUCAGAAGCAGCAAUUCAGGAAGUUAAAUCCAUAUCAGAGCCACUUGAGCUGACACAUUUACUUGUGACCAUAGCAGAAGAAGCAGGAGAUCGGGGGAUUCCUCAGUGUCAGAAACAUACCGGUGAAGGACUAGAGGUUAAAACUCAAGUCCAGUAUCAGACUGAAAGCAUUGUUAGUGAUGCUGCCGGAGUGGGAUUGAGUGAUUCUCACCAAGGAAUGGGGGCAGCAUCUAAUUUGCAAGAAGGUAUCUGUGCUAAACUCUCUUUAGAGGAACCCAUUUCCUUAUUUAAUGGUAUUUUAUAUUGCAAGAGUGCUGGGAGUCAUCAUGACAAUAGAAGCCUAUGUGCAGGAUCACCUGAAAACCCAGCUGAAAAGGAUGCGAGCUGCAGUAUUUCAUCAGAGCCCAGAAUUACUGACAGAGGUAAAGACAGUCAAAAUGAAGUGCUUCCAAGUGGUUCCUAUGAGACUAUGCAACAAAAAAAAUCCAUGCUGGAUGAAACUGAUGUUGAAUCGGAUGACUUUGCUAAAAAUGGGAAAUGGACUAAAAAUUUGAGUGGGAAGGUCCUAGAACUGGCUGAUGAUACAAGCACUGAAAAGGAAAGAAAGACAAAUGUCGUUAAAACCCCAUUAGCAGAUAUAAACAUCAACGCUGCUGAAGAACAGGACAACUUGCACACUAGUGAUAAAGCUGGACGGGAAAGCAGUGGUGUGAGAGAGGUUGAGCAGAGCAGUCCACACCGAGAUGGCAAAAGUGCAGACUGCAGCAAUCUUGAUAAUGGCAAAAUUGCACAACUCAGUGACAGCAAAACUCAGAACAGCAGUGCUAAAAUGGCAGAUGAAAACCGCUCCCAAACCAGUGACAUGGAGCAGAGCAGCCCAUGCAUGAAUGCUGAUGUUACAGAACAGAGAGACAGCUGCAAACUCGCACAGGAAAGCAGCCCUCUCAACAGUGGCAAAGAUGAGGGGCAAAGCAGCCCUUGCAACAAUGGAGGAGUUACAGAGAGAAGCAGCAAUGACAGAGCUGUCUCUGGGAAGGAUUUUCCUAGUUGUGCUCAGGCUAUGACUGUGGAUCCUGAGAUGGACAUCCAUAAUUCUGAAUCAAAAAGUGAACAAGCCAGUGAAACAAUCCAUCAGUGUUAUGUAGGAACUGACAGGGUUAGUCACUCUGAAGUCAGUAAAGUUCCACUGCAAAUGGCUUCUUACACUGGAGAAAGUGAUGCUGGCGGAGAAGAGGCAGAGAAGACUACAGGUGUGAGUGCAGGAUCUGUCUCCAGUGCUUCAGUCUUUGUUCAUGGGAACUUUACAUGUAAGAACACACAAGAUCAUUACAUGGCUUUGGAGCAAUGGAAGGAAAAUGGAAACAUGCUGAGGCCUGAUAGAAAACAAUCACAAGGCGGUGCCUGUAACUUAGGAUGUAAUGGACUUGAAGCAAAGUCAUUAAAUACAGAAAGAGUUCGACCAACUGUGAGUCAGAUUCCACAGGCAAGAUUACAGCUCUCACCAUCUCCUGACAAGUUGCUGAAUGGAAAAAACAAUGAAGAAUGGGUUGCUUGUGAGAAAAACAAGAUGGAGCCUAUUCCUACAGAAAGUUGUCUUUCCUUUGUAGAUGUGUCUGAGCAGCCUGAAAGAGAAACAGUGAUGACUCAUCAUAGAGAAGAAGCUGAUGUUAACGCAAGUGGACAGACAUCUCUUUCUGCAACACAUACGGACUUACCUGGUGGUGCGCCUAAGGGUGCCAUGCCUGUGGGCAAAACCUGCUCCCCCUGGGGAGAGACUCUUCCUCUGGAUCUAGAAUUGCUGCCUGACAGCCAGUUAUGGGAUACCCUCAAAGACAGCAGCCUUGAACUUUCACCUCAGCAGGCAUUUCCUGUGGACAGGAAUUGCAGUUCUGUGCCUAAAAAUGAUCUGUCUGCUGAAAGAGAACUAAGUGAUACCGAGACACCAGGUCCAGGCAUUAAUAUACCUCGUCCAAAAAAGCUGCAGCCCAGAGUUGAGAUGGAGGGAAUUUGUGAUCCCACCAAAGAGGAAGAUGCAACAGAUGUUGUUUGUGGUCUGAUUAUUGAGCUCUCUAAUCUCAAUCGAUUGAUAAUGAGCACCCACAGGGAUCUGGAGUCUUUAAAGAGGCUGAAGUACAGAAAAAGCAGACAAUCGGGGAAAUUUCUCUCACAUGCCCUGAAGGGAGCCACAAACACUCUGUACCCAGGAAAAAAAUGGAAGGAGACAUAGGACUGUGGAUGAGGACAGAGCCAAAUAAUAAUAUUGCUUGGUUUAACAGUUUCACUGGCCAUAAAGUUUUUUGUUCCGUUCCAAUGUGGUUUUUCCUUUCCUAAUAUGUGACAUUCUGGAUCUUAUUCACUAAAGCUCUUUUACACCUCGGUAUCCACUUUAAAGCUCUUUUCCAUCAUUAGGAUGGUGCAAAAGCCUUUAGCAUAAUUGCAAACAAGGCCCCAUGUCUUGUAAGUAAUUUGGAGUUCUGUAGUCUUUCUGAAUGUUUCUUGAGGAAGCCAGAACUCGUGCAUGCAUUUUUGGUCGUGAUGUGUCCCUGCAACAGCCUGGAUUUAUGCUGUUUUUCUAGCACAAAUUAAGCCGGAAUGUGACCCUUGAAUUAAAAGCGAAGGUAUUUACUAGUUGCUUUCAAUCUAUAGUGUUGCGAACCUCAAUGUCGAUUUUGGAUGGUGUUUAUUUUUAAUUCAUGUUGUUUUGGUCCACUUAUUUUAGGCUUAUUGUUACAUUUACUUAGUUGGAGGGGAAAGAGAUACCAUAUUUGUAUAUUACAUUUAGCUUUUCCUUUUCACUUCUUGUGCUUUGAAAGAAAAACUAGUAAAUACAAGCCUCAGAAUCCAUGAAUCUAA